AUGUAUCGCCAGAUCGAGGUGCUGCCUCAAUAUCGGGGCUACCAAUACAACCUGUUUAGGGAUACGUCACCAGCAUUGCUAAAAGAAUAUACACUUAAUACAGUCACGUAUGGAGUAAAUAGUGCGCCCUAUUUAGCGUUACGGGUCCUCCGCUACAUCGCCGAAACGGAAUGUGAACAUUUUCCGGAUGUGAAGGGAACUCUGCACCAUCAAACUUAUAUGGAUGAUAUAUGUGUGGGUGCGGAGUCGUUGGAAGCCGCUAAAACGCUUCAAUCGAAUCUAAUCAACACUCUCGCCAGAUCCGGUUUGGAGUUGAAGAAAUGGGCAAGCAAUACUCCAGAAUUGCUGGAACACCUACGUCCGGAAGAUUGCUCUGAAAAUCCGCUAGCAUUUGAGCAAAAUGAUGCUACGCACGUAUUGGGGAUGUGGUGGAAUCACGAUCAAGAUUAUUUCUCCUUCAGCAUAUUUAACAAUUCCAAAAUGAUCCCUACCAAACGUGGAUUGCUAUCCAUGAUCUCCAGAAUUUUUGAUCCAUUAGGACUGUUGGCGCCAGCAACAUUCUAUGCCAAGUCGAUCAUGCAACGUGUGUGGGUCGCACAGAUUGGUUGGGACGAUCAACUUCCAUCGGAUAUAGCUGAGGAUUGGUGUGAUUUCUAUCAGUACUUAGGCUGGCUUGUCGGAAUUAAGAUUCCACGAUACAUCGGCUGCUCCGCUGGAUGUAGCUAUGAUUUGUGCGGUUUCUCUGACGCGUCCACGAAAGGAUACGCAGCGAUUGCUUACCUUCGUGCCACGACCAAGUCAGGAAGUGUUUUUGUCUAUCUUCUCGGGUCCAAAACGAAGUUAGCUCCAAUGAAAACAUCCUCAAUUCCACGGCUCGAAUUGAGUGGAGCAGCAAUUUAA